AUGCAGAAAAAGCGGGGACAGGAGCCGGUGCCGCCUGCUGGGGCGAUCAGGGAGAUUCUCGUUCAGAAGAAGCCGUCCGGAGGGCUCUUCAUGGUGUUCCACUUCCCACUGAGCUUCAACUCCCACGUGCUGUACUGGCGGCGCUUCGGUGUCGAUGUGCCAGCAGACAUUGGUCGCUGUCAGAGCUCCGGCUGUCCAGUCCUGGUGGAUUUCCCUGGCUCAGGCGGCUCUCUUUAUUCACAGCGCGGCUGGACACAGUGGUAUGCCUAUCAAGAUCAGCUGGAAAGUGAGCCUUUUCUGCUGGUGACUAUGGAGGGUUCCCCAGAUGCGAUGGGGGUUCCUGGGCAGGAGAUCUUGCCAUGCAGCCCUGAGCAAAGUCCUCGGGAGUGUGCAGAUGAGUCGUCUGGGGGAGAUGGCUACACGUCCUGGAACGUCUUAGGGUGGGGCGUGCCUACCGACUUGCAAACAGAUCCAAACAGCUCACUUCUCUCUGCCUGUUUCCCGGCGGCCGUAAAGCCCUGGAACUCUUACCAGUGCUUCGCCACGCACCUGCUCAACAAUCCGAACGCUUGCCACAAGGUGUCCGAGGCCCAUCAGAAAGCCUGGUCCGCAUACAGCCAGAUUCCCACGAACUGCAUCAGUGCGAGUGGGGCCAACGACUGGGACUACGUGCGGACAGUGCUCCAGGCGGUGACAGAAGGUGCUAUUUGUCGUGCCACCGUCCCCGGGGGCUGGUGUGGAGACAGGUCCAGGAUUUUUUUCAGCGGCCAGUCCAUGGGCGGCAUGUCUGCCCUGCAGUUCGCCACACCGGAUCCAGCAUCAAGGUAUUUCCUGGGGUCUUGGCGGCCCGCGGCUGUUGCGGCGUGCAGCCCGGGCGGAUCCCGUAACAACGACCUGGAGCUGAAGGGCCAGGUCCCCACUUUGCUGCUUCAAGGAAGCCGUGACCUUGUUGCUGUGCCAGUUCCUUGGGCUGGGCACGACCGGGACCUGGUGAGAAUCACCUUGACAUCCACUUGGCAGGGCUUGAUGACCAACGAUACGCUGGUGCAGCUAGCGCUUCGGUCGUUGCCUGCAGAAUAUCACAACUUUACAAAGACUUCCAUCCUUCUAUUGGCAGACGUCCGGCAGGGUGGGGCGGUGCUGCUUGAGCACCUCCCCAACUUGACAGAUGCUGCAGGUUUUCCAGAUCGAAAGGGGCGGAUGACCGGAAUCAGCGCGGGUGGAUACAUGUGGGAGCCUGUGCCCACCACUUUGCAGCGAAUUGUCGGGAAGGAAGUUGAGAUGGCGCAGCUGACCUACUGGACGCCCCAUGCUCUUUCCAGUGAUCCCGUGGCGAUAGCGCUCCAGUGUGCCAAUGCAACGGCCAUGGCACGUGUCUGCAUCUUCCAGGGAGGCCACACCUAUCCCUUCCUGAAGCCGAACGGCUUCGAAGAUGACCCCAGCAAGGCGAGGGCUUUUCAUGAGCUGCUCUGGGUGGACUGGUUCCAGAGAGGGAGGAGGACGCGACGUCCCCAACCGACGGAAACUCUGACAGCUGUGGGCAGACGCAUGCUGCCAGAUGACGUCAGAAGCGACUGA